AUAAAAUGUAGGUUUUGAUGGUUCCCGUUCCCUCCGCUAUGUCUUCUUUGAAACGAGAGUUUAUUUUGCUGAAUGAAGGUAGCAAAACAAUGUCGGCCAGCGUUCUUUAUUUAGACAAAACCUGAAACAACUCGGAUGUGAGAUCAAUGGAAAAGAAUAAGAUGGAGGCCUGGGCCGCGGAGAACUGGAGCAGCUCCGACUCGGAUGAGACGGGUUCUUCGUUCUCAGAGGACUCUACGUCCUCACCAAGGAUGGAAGCGGUGAGGGUGGGUGGCGAGAGCCUCCUCCUACCGCAGGGCCUCUGCGACAAUGCCGAAGUCUUCAAGGAGCUGCUUUCGCUCGACACCUGGCACAGCUUCUCCGAACAGCAACGACAGCACCUCAAGAAUUUUUUACCCACUUUUCCUGAAAAGGAUUCUGAAGAGAAGGAUGCCACUUUACGAAUGCUAUUUGCAAGGGAGAACAUUAGAUUUGGCAAUCCUUUAACGGAUUUUUAUAACCAUCUUAGAGCUGCUCAUUAUCGUCCUGAUAUGAGCAGGAUGAGGUCUUUGCUGCGGAAGGCCCAGUUUAAAGAUUACAAGCGGUUGGAGCGGUGGCGGAUAUUCGAACUCGUGAAAUCAGUUUUGGCAUCCCGUCAGCGUCUAGUCGAGUCAGUUGUUAACGGUGAAAAACCCAAAAUUUGCCCAUUGCCAGCUAAAAGGGCAAGGAUGUCCCAUUCGCAGAAUGUCAAAAACAGGUAUUUCCAAGAGUUGGCCCUGAUCAGGGAAGAAGUGGGCGAGUCGAGCCAGAGUUCAGAGGAUGAAAGUUUCCCAGAAGGACCAACGUUGAAUUUGAAUAAAAAGAGCCGGAGGUCUGGCAACAUUCCGGAGUUGUUGAACGAUGGGAUACCACCUGUACUCGGUACGCUCUGCUCUGGCCCUACUCCAUGGGACCAAGGGAAAGUACCACAAAGCAAUCCUUACGCUGUCAAUGAACACACUUAUUCCCAAAUGAUAGCAUUACAUUCGAAAAGAAGAGCAGCACGAGAAGAUCAUCCGGAUCUUAUUGUGAAAGGUAUAUCUUUGCAAGAUAUAGCAAUGAGGUGCAAGUUCCUUAAAAAAGUAACAAAUAGUAAACCAAAUAUACCAAAAAAGGUUAGAAUGAAAGUGGCGAGAACUGCUUCAAUAUCUAGUCCUGUGGUUGAUGGAGAUCAGGAGGAAGGGAGUGAUAUGGAUGACAUGUCAACUCUACUCAAUAUGAAAUGUGAGCCGGAAGAAGAUAUUGAAAUUGAUAAGGUUGACAUCGAAGGCGUAAAUGAUCUUCCACCGCUACCAGUUGUUAUGCGAAAUACACCAAAUUCCAAUAAUCAAAUUACAUCUCCCAAAACUCCUAAAGCCAGUACUAUGGCGAAAAGGGUUAAAGUAGAACCCCCCGACACACCGACCCACACGCCAACCCAUAAAAAACCUCCAGAUCCUGAACCGAGGAAAGCGAGGACUAGUUCGACCGAGAGCGUCCCAAAGAAACCAAAACCAGAACCUGUUGAAAACAUUGCCAAAAAGAUAAAACAAGAACCAGUCGAAGUACCUGCCGUUGUCAAAAAGAUUAAAGUGGAACCCAUCGAACCACCAGUGGCGAGUAUAAAAGUAGAAACGCCGAUGACUGACGCUCCACCGAUAUUCUCCAUGACACCUUUGAAACUGCCUGGGACCAGUUCUAGAGUGUUGACCCCUGCCACUCUGUCCGAUCUCGAUGGGAUUGAUAUGAUGGAUCUGCCAGUAGAUUUUGACGAAUCAUCUCCUUUGUCCCUUGACGAUAUGAAGCCUCAUCCAGAAUUGAUGCAAGAGACGCAUGCUUGCUUCUUUUCUCUGAUUCGAGAUAUUUUAACUUCAACAACAGAUCAUAGGAUAGAAAUGAAAGAACUAGAAGCUCGAAUCAAGGCUUGGGCGAGUAGUCCUAUAGGUCCAAUAAAUCAUUGGUAUACACCACAGAUUGAAAAUCAGAUUCAUUCAGCUGUCCAAUUUCUGGCCGGCGACCUUCCUGAAAUUGUACCUGAAGACUAUGUUCCAUAUAUGGAGUGGAAGUCGACGGUCUGUGCGUACCAGUGGAUUGGUGCUGGAAGAGAUUCGGACCACAGACUGGUCCCAUUGUGCACCCUUUGGCUCGAAAGAGGCGCUGACCGUGGUAUUCCGAACACGAUUAUUCCUGUGGUUGUCAAGGAUGGUACUGAAGCGAUCACGCAUGCACCACGUGGUCCUGCUGUUCAACCGACUCCUCCUAGAGACCGAGAAGUCUUUCGGCAACAGGAAAAACAAAGAUACGAGACACCGUAUAGAGCUUUUACAUAUUGUGUUGGUGGAACUGAAACAGUUGUUGGACCAGUCAGGUCGAUACAAACUGGCAAUUUGAGUAAGGCCAGGGGGCAUACUUUGUUGGUUGAAAACAGGCCUAAAUUUGUUACAAUUCUUGAACUAGUACGGGAUGCAGUAUCGAGACUGCCUAAUGGUCAAGGCACACGAGCUGAUAUUGUUACGCUGCUGAAAGACUCACAGUAUUUAUCAGAGACUGCUCCUGAAGGAAUGUUGAGCUCAGUCGUGAGCGGCACUCUGGACAAGUUGCAUGGGGAGCCCGAUCCGUCGGUCAAAUACGACGCAAAGAGAAAAAUCUGGGUGAACCUUCACAAGGGACGAAGUGCCGAAGAAUUUGAGAGGCUUCAUGCCCUAGGGGCUGAUGUGAAAACUGUGAAGCCUAAGGCACCUAGGAAGCCGCAAAAACCAAAGAAAGAAACAAUAACGAAAAUUGAAGUACCUGAUACAUCAUCUGAUAAUACAAUUAUUAUAAAGGAUCCUAGCAUAAUCACUAUAACAAGUACAUCCACUCAGGAAAAUUCAACCCCACUUGUUGUACAGGCUAAGCCUAAAAAUAUACCAAAGACUGUCACUGUACCUUCCGUUACGAAAAAAGUUAUUGCUGAAGGGGUCAAAUCACUCCUUGGCAAAGCGAGACCUCAGAAGCAGGAAACUGCUACAACUGCUCAGCAACAAGUAAUUAGGCUGCAGCAAAACCAGCUGGGCAUAUCGGCUAUCAAAAGACCCGCAGAACUUCAAAAAACAAGUGUUAGCUCCAUUCUACCUACGAGGACUGUACUACAGGAUUCAUUAGUACGAACUCAAACACAAAAUGUGAUUAAAAAAGUACAGCCUCAAGCUGUGACAAUUUCUGCUGAUCAAGUUGCAAAGCAAGCAGGAAAGUCAAUUGUUAAAGUCAUCUCAUCACAAGCUGGUGGAAGUACUGUGAGAACAGUUCAGCGAGUUCCACAAGUGAACCAACAGCAGCAUGUAAUACAGCUGAAACAGCCAAUCAUUUCUGAUCAGAAAAUAAUACAGAAGGGUCAAUUGAAGAAGCCUGCAGGACCUGGUCAGCAACAGCUUAUAGUCAUGAAACAGGCCCCGGGCGAGCAGGGUAAUUCAGGCCAACAAAUGAUAGUCAUAAAUCAGCAACAGAUUGUCAUGGACUCGCAGCAGCUCACCUUAAAACAACAGAAACAACUCCAACAACUGCUUAACAAGCAACAAAUGGAACAGCAAGGAAACAACACUGCUACAAUACAGCAACAACAGUUGCAGCAGCUUAUAAUUGCUAAACAGCAGCAAAUGGUUGUUGAACAGCAGAAGUCGAACAAGCCGCAGCAGCAGAUGAUCGUGGUUAAACAGCAAGGGGCGACUGUGACGACAAGCGAUGGAGUUAAGCAGCCGGUUCAGCAGAUGAUACUUGUGAAACAGUCGGGCUCGGGAGACGGGGAGGGUACAACGACUCAAAUAACGCAGCAGCAGCUGCAACAGAUGAUCCUGCUGAAACAACAGCAGCAGCAACAGCAACAACAGCAACAGCAGCAGAUCAUCAUGGUGAAACAGUCGGAUCAGAAAUCAGUUCAGGUCAUCACUCAAUCACAGAAGCAGUCUCAACCACAGCAAUUAACUCUGGCCCAACUUCAACAGCUACAACAGCAGCAGAGGACCUCCGCAACCACCAGCCUGCUCACCCAUCCGAGAGUUGUAGCGCAUGCCCCAAAAAUUGAUUGGAUUGCAGUCAGCGGCCAACCUGUUUCAACAGUUGGCGGUACAAGCCUGAUUAAGCCUCAGAACCAGUCCACGGUUACCCCGGUUAUGGCAAAAGUGGUGACUAGUGUCCAAACACCGGUACUCACAAUGGAAAGCCUGUUAGCACAGCACAACAAACAACAAACUGUCACUCAAGCUGGUGUGAAACUUCCAACAGUCAGCCGCGCGGGGUUAUCAUCACAGUACGUUGUUUCACUUCCUCAAAGCAGGGUAGUGCAGACCAGUAUGGCACAGGUUGUGGCUUCGACAGGAGGAAAUACAGGAGUAGUUGCUGUUUCGUCGCUUGGCGAUUCGAGUACAGUUGCAAAAUUGGCGUCGGGGCAAGGUGUCCGAAUACCUGGGUUGAACCUUGCCCAAAUAACCGGGAAGCAGGUCCUUCUCGCCAGCAAACCUCAAAACGCCACGACAGUCCAGGGACAGGCUGUUUUACAGAAUGUCAUCCUCGGAAACUCUGGAAACCAAACGCUGCUUGUUGGCGGAUCUCAGCAGGGCACAGUUGCAGUCCUUCAGCAGGGUUCUCAACAGAUAUUGAUACCACCUGGUGCUUUAAAAACCCUACAGGGUCUAAAAGUCAUUCCUAUUGCACAAGGAAAACCUUCGCAAACACAAGGCAGGCAGCAGGUGUUCGCUCGUAUCAUUAAUCCUAGUGGUGUUAGACCAGUUAUAACUGCCAAUAUUGUUCAACAAGAUUCUACAAAUACAGUACAAACUCAGUCGCCUUCUACAUCUACCAAGGAAUAACCGCUGAAAAGACAUUUUAUUUUUAUAUGCAUGUUUUUUAUAAUCAAAAAAAAAAAAAAAAAAAAAAAUCAAUCCAAG